CUCCCUCUUUCCCUCCCUCCCUCCCGCAGCACCGGGCAUGAUGUGCUGCAGAGCCGCGGGUCAGGCAGGCUCCGCCGCUUCUCCUCCACGCUGAGAUCCUCGGGGGAAUAAAAAUAAAAAAAAGAGAGGAAAAUAAAGAUUUUUUUCCACAGCUGCCGGGCACAGCGGCGUUGGGAGCAGGGAUCAGGCUGGGGAGCGAUGGAGCUGCGGCGCGGCAGGAUGCCGAGGGAGCAGCUCCCCGCUCGCCUCCUCCUCCUCCUCCUCCUCCUCGCCGUGGCCUUCCUCUGCCUGCCGGCGGAGGGGCGGCGGCCCCCGCGGCCUCCCCCGUGCCCCCCGAGCUGCUCCUGCACCCGCGACACGGCUUUUUGCGUGGACUCCAAGGCCGUGCCCAAAAACCUGCCCCCCGAGGUCAUCUCGCUGACCAUGGUGAACGCGGCCUUCACGGAGAUCCGGGAGGCGGCUUUCGCCCACAUCCCCUCCCUGCAGUUCCUCCUCCUCAACUCCAACAAGUUCUCGCUGAUCGGGGACAACGCCUUCGCCGGGCUCCCGCACCUGCAGUACCUGUGCGUGGCACGGGGACGGGGCACGGGCACAGCGGGCACGGGGAGGGCACAGGGAGGGUGGGACCUCCGUGGCAACACGCUGGCCUGUGACUGCAAGAUCAAGUGGCUGGUGGAGUGGCUGGAGAGCACCAACACCACGGUGCCCGCCGUCUUCUGCAGCAGCCCCGGGCAGUUCGAGGGACAGCGCAUCCGGGACCUGGCGCUCGGUGACUUCCAGUGCAUCACCACGGAUUUCGUGAUGCACCAGGUCCUGCCCUUCCAGGCGGUGUCGGCCGAGCCCUUCACCUACGCCAGCGACCUGUACGUGGCCCUGGCACAGCCGAGCGCCAGCAGCUGCUCCAUCCUCAAGUGGGACUACGUGGAGCGCAAACUCCGCGACUUCGACCGCAUCCCCGCUCACUCGGCGGUGCACUGCAAGCCCAUCGUGGCGCAGGAGCAGCUCUACGUGGUGGUGGCGCAGCUCUUUGGUGGCUCCUACAUCUACCGCUGGGACACGGCCGUGGACAAGUUCAUCAAGAUCCAGGACAUCGACAGCCAGAAGAUCCGCAAGCCCAACGACAUCGAGGCCUUCCAGAUCGAGGGCGACUGGUACUUCGUCAUCGCCGACAGCUCCAAGGCGGGCUCCACCAGCCUCUACCGCCUCAACCAGAACGGGUUUUACUCCCACCAAGCCCUCCACGCCUGGCACCGCGACACCGACGUGGAGUACGUGGAGAACGACGGCAAGCCGCGGCUGAUCAUCUCCAGCAGCUCCCAGGCGCCCGUCAUCUACCAGUGGAGCCGGGCGCAGAAGCAAUUCGUGCCGCAGGGUGAGGUGGGCGAGAUGCUGGACGUGCAGAUGGUCAAACACUUCAGGGCCAAGCGGGAGCAGUUCCUGUGCCUCAGCCGCUACAUCGGCGACUCCAAGGUGGUGCGCUGGGAAGGGCAGCGCUUCGUGGAGGUGCAGACGCUGCCGUCGCGCGGCUCCAUGGUGAUGCAGCCCUUCGCCGUGGGGCAGCGGCGCUACCUGGCGCUGGGCAGCGACUUCUCCUUCACCCACGUCUACCUGUGGGAAGAGGAGAAGCAGAAGUUCGCCAAGUUCCAGGAGCUGUCGGUGCAGGCGCCGCGCGCCUUCCGGGCCGUGCCGGCGGCCGACGUGCAGCUGCUGCUGGCGCCCAGCUUCAAGGCCAACACGCUGGUGUACCGGCACGUGGUGGUGGACCUCAGCCUCUAGCCGGCGCCCCGAGAGCCGCCGGACGUGCAUGUGCCCGCCGGUCCUCGUCCCACGCCCUGUCCCGGCCCUCCACCUUCACCCAGCCCCACCGUGCCUCAGUUUCCCCCGCGGCGCUGCCGGUUUCUCCCUGUGGGGUGCAGGGAGGGAGGGUGGGACACGCUUUGCGCUGCAGGGGGGGAGAAGGUCUAGGGGUGUCUUUGUCUGCUGGGAGCCGGUGGCAGGAAAGGAGGGGGGACAGCGGGCAGGGGUGUGGCAGGAGGGGUGGGGGGUUCCCAGGACUUUGGGGUGAGGGACUUUGGGAUGCUCCAGAGCGGAUGGCAUGGCCAAGGUGGAUGUGGUGGGAUGCCCCGGGGAGGAUGGGGUGCUCCGAGGUGGAUGCGGAUGGGAGGAUGAGGAUGAUGAUGAUGGGGUGCUCCAGGAUGCUCCGAGGUGGAUGCGGAUGGGAGGAUGAGGAUGAGGAU